AACAUUUCGGAUGUUUACAAGCAAAAUAGAAAGAACCUUGGAGCUCCGAUUACAGUGCACAUGUCGUUGACCUACUUAAUACAUCACGUAUAAAUAUUUACAGAAUUAAGGAUGGCAGUAAAUAUAAAUGCACUGGCAAAGAAUGGUCGGCUCAUUUCAAGAUGUUUUGCCAUGGUUGCCAACAGUUGCAGCAUGCACAACAUGCACAAUGGACCAAUAUAUGAACUGCGGACCUACAGCAUUUACCCAAAAGACUUCAAAAGCUUUAUCCAACUGUCAGCAGAGCACCUGCAUUUAAGAACCAAACAUUCUAAACUGACCGGGUACUGGAUCAGUGAGAUAGGAGGGAUCAGUGAUGUUGUUCACAUUUGGGAAUACGAUUCUCUGAAGCAUAGAGCAGGGGUGAGAGAGGCACUGGGGCAUGACCCCAACUGGCUUGCUCAGUACAUCAGCAAGAUAAUGCCUAUGUUGGACCGUCAAGACAAUGUACUGCUGAAACUGACCAGCAAGGGUAGCCUAGUGCAGACAGACAGUGGAGGUGUGUAUGAACUUUGCUGCACAGAGAAACCUUUGAAGGAUCUCCCCAAGGAAAAAGGAGAUGCACAGUUACUUGGAACCUUUUCUUCUCUCAUAGGAUCUCUCAGUUCAUCAUACCAGUUGUGGCAUCACAAAUCUAUUGAUGACGUUGUUACCAGUGCAGCAGGAGGCUCUUAUGGAUCUUACUGUACCAAAAGUCGCCUACUGCUUCCUACUGCUUGGUCCCCAAUGAAGUAAACAAAAAAAUGCUGCCGUUUUGGAGGAUUGAAAUAUAUAAAUUUUGGGACAAAUAAUUUGGGAAGAACAAAAAAUGUCAGUUUCAGUGCUAAGUUAAGAUGCUGUGGGAAAGUUGCAGAUAAAACUGUUUUUAUUAUCUUUUAAUAUUACUAUCUUAUGUAUGCUAGUCAGAUUUAUUUUAUAAGUGUGUAAUAUGUACAUUUAAUCAUUUAUCUGUUAUUAAGUGCUAUAACUGUCAGACAGAAUUCAAUAAGAUUUUAGUAAUACUUAAAACUUUUUACCUCUACAUUUGUUGAUCCAUUUGACUCUACGUUUCACAGGAUUGUAUUGAAGCAAGCAUUACCGGUACAUACCAUGAACCUAGUGAUAUUUCAUUCAGAUUUCCUUUUUUAUGUUUUUUCUUCUGAUGCAUUUACAUGAUUCUUAGCAGACUAGGCCUUGUUAAUAACUUUUUCUUUAUACGUGUAUUUACCACUUUAAAUUAUAGUCCAAGAUAAUGUGUUCAGUAUUAAGUAUUUAUCAAAAGUUGCCCUUGGUUGUUAGGCAUGUUUAUUUAGGAUCAUACAUGUACAUUUUGGUGCUAAUUUUAGUUAUUGAUGUUAAAGAACAUACAUGAUUAGACAUUGUAACAGCAAAUAAAUAUAUCAAAAUAAAAA